CAACUAACCAUCGUCUGCGGAGGACAAGACGCUCACGCAUGGCCAAGGUAUCACACCCUGUCUCGCGGGGUGAGAGGUUCCUCAAGCUUGGGACGCUUCGACUCCUGCCUUGUACACAGACAGUCAAGGGCACUACUGGUGAACUCGCUCUCUUUCGACGAGUGUUGCCUCUGGUUUGAGUGCUCCAGUCUCGUGUCCAGCAUGUCGACAGCAACAACGCCCAAGAGAUGCCUGGAAGAUCUCACAAGCCAGAUCACGCCAACCCCCAAUCAUUGAUAAAGGGACAUACAAAGGAACGCCCCGACAGCUGGACGACAAACACAUCUGCACAAAGCACUGCCGCCGACAAACACAGCAUACACAGUUGUAUCGCAUAUACGUCGACGCCCCCGUCCACGACCCCGUACACAAUGACCCCGUUAUAUGAUUACCCCGUCCAUGACCCCGUCCACGACCCCAUCCACAACCCCGUUCACGACUCCAUUCACGACCCCGUUCACGACCUCGUUCACGACCUCAUUUACGAUAACCCUAUCCAUAAUUACCCCGUUCACGAUGACCCCGUCUACAAUAACCCUAUCUACGACCCCGACCCCGUCCACGACCCCAUCCACCGUGAACUUGAACUGUUGAUGGCCGACGACGACGCCGAUGAAGCCGGGGCCGACGGAGCCGAAAAGAAAUUGCAUGCCCUGUGUGUAUCGAGAUUUCGUCUGGCCUUCAGUCCCGUGCCUUUACUACCAUAUUCUAAUUCGGCGAUGAACCUGUCGUACCUGUACAACACGUUCCACGCGCCCAUCGUCACCCGGCGAGACCCGUGUCGGCGACUCGGUCUGUAUUGUGGGAGGAUCAUCGAUGCCACUGAUUCUACGGCUACGAAACCGAGCACAUUGGGCCUACACCUUUACCAUCUACAAUACGCUGAGCAACGCCUGGAUCCACGGCCGGAGAGAAUCUUGUGCGUAACUAGCGCCGACAUCGAUGCCAUUUUCGAGCUUGAAACAGAUGACCUAGACUCGAUAUUCUCGCGGCGUUCCUGA